UGGAUGGAGAGGACCUGCAAGCCGAGACUGUGAAUGCGAGCAAACACAGUGGAUAGUGAAAAACAGGUUUACUGUCCUUUGGCCAAGCCGUGAUAACAAAAGUGGCUAAGGUGAUAAGCGGAGUCAAACUGGAGUUGCAUAAGGUGAUCGCAACGGACAUCGGGGAUUAAGUGCGUCCUCCUGCAGAACUGGAUGUCCCUUCGCUUUUCGCCCAGCAUACGUCCUUCAUCGCUACAGCCGUGAAGAGCCCGGGGAGUUAUUGUAUGGCGUAACAAGGGAGGGGUUUCGUGAUCUAAGGAUACAGUAGGCUCCGUGCCGCGUCUGAAUGGAAUCGAGCUGUGUCCAGUCAGCAAUGGCUAUGGGUCUUUCAUCUAAAAAAGCAUCUUCUCGGAGCGUUGCCGUGGAGCGCAAAAAUCUCAUCACAGUUUGCAGGUUCUCUGUGAAGACGCUGCUAGAGAAGUAUACGGCAGAGCCCAUCGACGACUCCUCUGAGGAGUUCAUCAACUUCGCCGCCAUAUUGGAACACAUCCUCAGCCACCGCUUCAAGGGAAACACAGCAGGUCCGGGCAGCUGGUUCAGUUAUGAUGGACAGCGCAGUUUCUGGGACUUUAUCCGCCUGGCGUGCAGCAAAGUGCUGAACAACUGCAUCAGCAGCAUCGAGAACAUGGAGAACAUCAACACAUCGCGGGCAAAGGGACGAGCCUGGGUUCGUGUGGCUCUGAUGGAGAAGCGCCUGUCAGAAUACAUCGCCACAGCCCUCAGAGACACGCGGACAACUAGGAGGUUCUAUGAUGAUGGAGCCAUCAUGCUGCGGGAGGAGGCCACAGUGCUGACAGGCAUGCUGAUUGGACUCAGCGCCAUAGAUUUCAGCUUCUGUCUGAAAGGCGAGGUGUUGGAUGGGAAGUCUGCGGCGGUGAUCGACUAUACACCCUACCUGAAGUUCACGCAGAGCUACGACUACCUAAGCGACGAUGAGGAUCGGUGCAGUGUGGACAGCAGCACCAGUGAUGACAGCGUCCCCGAGCACCCCUACAUCCCGCUGGUCACCGAUGAGGAGAGCUGGAGCAACAAGUGCCGCAAGAUGGAGCAGAGGUUCAAGAUCGUCUACGCCCAGAAAGGUUACCUGGAGGAGCUGGUGCGCCUACGAGAGUCCCAGCUUAAGAACCUGGAGACGGAGAACAAGAGGCUGAGCAUGAGGCUGGAGGAGCUGCGGCAACAGAGUGAGCAGGAGAAGAAGGAGCUGGAGGGCAUCGUCCUGGAGCUACAGGAGCAGCUGACAAAUCUCAUUCCUUGCGAAUCUAACCACCUGGCCAAGGACCUGUCCAUCCCUCUGGUCAACCAGUGGCCAUCACUCCGGACCUUCAACAACCAGGAGGAGGUCAAGCUCUUUCGCAGGAGGAGCUUCCCUAGUGUGGAGCAGCUCUCCACUGAAGUCAGUCUGGACUCAGACUCUCAAAAGGAGGGAAAGCAGAAUGGAGAAGCCUGGUGCACAACAGGUAAAGAUUACACCCCCUCCAUGCUAGGCCUGUGUGGAUCUCUGGCCUCUCUACCUAGCUGCAAGUCCCUGGCCAGCCUCAAGUCCAGUGAGUGUUUGGUAAACAUCAGCACAGAGGCCAGCCCUGCCCUCUCUCCCAGCUAGGGGGCGCCAUCCUCAGCUUUGUGUCAGAGCUGGAAAGGCAGCUCUGCUGUGCACAGUGUCCACUCCUGACUGCAGGGGGGGCGCUGUGUCUUCCUUUGCCUUGCUCCUGCUAACCAAGCCCCACAGCCAUCUCUACCCAUUUCCCACCUCCUGCCCCAAAUAUACCCUCUGAAAACUAUUGUGUUGGUCUGCGAGGAAAGUGGAAAGCAAACUGGGACUGUGGGAAAGUUAAUGAAUGAUUCAGCAUAUCUUCCAAUGAGGACUUCUUGUGUCAUUAUCUGAAAGCAAUGAGACGCCAACAGCUGGGAUACCUACUCCCCAACCCUGCCCUCACUCCUUUCCAUAAAGUCAAUUGGAACUCUAGAUCAUAUCCGUGGGAAUUUUGCCAUUUAUAGAAUGCCAUCGGUGAUAUCAUACCAUUCCAUUCCAGAACUACAGAACUCACAAAAUGUAUCUCAUCCCUUCCCCUGCUUAUUUCAUUGUUCAACCUUUAAUCUUUACCUGCUAUAUCUAUUUAUAUCUGUCAGUCUCUGUCUUAUCAAUCUAUCUAUAAUAUCUCCCAGUUCAUCCACAGUAGACAAAAAAGAGAGUGGAUGGACAGUUAUGUCAUGAUUUUCUCAGUAUAAACUGAAAAAGAAGGCUACUUUUGGCCUCUUGUCUCUCCACCUGAAUUAAGUGUCUUCUGAAAUCCAUGAGUAGUAGCUGACAGAGUGGAUGAAUCAAAAUGGCUUUUGGGUACAUGGAGCGUGUGAUCUGUAUGACUGCAUAUAAAUGUUGAGGUGUGUGUUGAAUUUUAACCAUGGGGGCUUUCUGACUGCGAUCAAAGCUAUGAUCCCACAGUAAGUGGGACAAGCCUUGGCGCCUCUGACCAAAACAAUGCCCUUCAUACUGACAGUAGGUAUCAGUGAACACUUGGGUGUAUGUGUGCAGCUACUGAUGCUGAGUUCUGCUUUUUGUUUUAUGAUUUCCCUUAUGAAUUUGUUCACCUAUGCAUUUUGAUUUGUAUGUUUUUAAUUCUGUAUAUUUUAAUGCCUAUGCUAUC